CUGUAGCUCUGUAGUCUCUCCAGUCUCCAGUAAACAGCAGUCAUGGCGACAGUGGUCCAACCGCUCUCUCUGGAUCGAGAUGUUGCCAGGGCUAUCGAGCUGCUGGAGAAGCUGCAGGAGUCGGGUGACGUGCCCGGUCACAAGCUCCAGUCUCUGAAGAAGGUCCUUCAGAGCGAGUUCUGCACAGCCAUCAGAGAGGUGUACCAGUACAUGCAUGAAACCAUUACAGUGAAUGGCUGUCCAGAGUACCAGGCGAGGGCCACAGCUAAGGCCACAGUUGCAGCCUUCGCAGCCAGUGAAGGUCACUCCCAUCCGCGGGUGGUGGAGCUACCCAAGACGGAGGAAGGACUCGGUUUCAAUGUGAUGGGCGGCAAGGAGCAGAACUCACCUAUCUACAUCUCCCGCAUCAUCCCCGGAGGCGUAGCCGAGAGGCACGGCGGCCUAAAGCGAGGGGAUCAGCUCCUUUCUGUCAAUGGCGUGAGCGUGGAAGGCGAGCACCACGAGAAAGCAGUGGAGCUGCUGAAGGCGGCCAAGGACAGUGUGAAGCUGGUGGUUCGCUACACCCCCAAAGUGCUGGAGGAGAUGGAGGCUCGCUUCGAGAAGCUCCGCACGGCCCGGCGGCGCCAGCAGCAGCAGCUCCUCAUGCAGCAGCAACAACAGCAGAACCUGGCCUCGCAGCAGAACCACAUGUCGUAGGUUGUUCCAAAAGAAGAAGAAGUGAAGGAGAGCGAAGAGGUGGAUCUCAAAGGCCACCUGUUCAUUGUUGAAGAUCCCAAAGGAAUCUCUCCGUCGUGGAGGAAACCAACAAGUGGAAGACUCUUUUACUUAACUCUCUCCCUUCCAGUGUACCACCGAUUACUGAGCAAAAACAAAGAGAGCCGUUUGUCCCGAAAUUGGUGCUUCGAAAAACAAGUAUGAGGGAGGCUAGCACUGAACGUCGUCCAUUUUAACUUUGUAUUCCCUUUUAUAAGUUGUUCUCCCCCCCCCCCGGUUGUGACUCUUAUUGAUUCUCCCCUUUAUCUUGUGUUUGUUGUUUUGUUUACAGUCAUCCAUUUUUGAUUGCUUACCGACAUCCAUUACACCGUUGUGGCACCUUUGCCAUUUUGCCAUAGAUAUCAUUUGUACAGUGGUGUUUCUAUUGAUUCUUCAACUGGUGCUCGUGUCUCUGUAUGAAUGACCAUCGGUUUCUUUCUGUGUGUGUCAAACUCGUCCUGUUUUGGAUAAACGUGAACUCUUUUUUACCUUCUAUAUUGUAGCAGGAGAAGAUUUUUGUAUCUUGUAGGUUUAGCAAUAACACACAUUCUUCAGUUUUUACAUUUCGCCACUAAAUUCAUGAUCGGAUCCAUGCAUUAUAUACAGAGUUUAGGGGAUAGGUGCACAUGUAAAUCACUGUAAAGCAAAACUGGGUCUUAUGUACUGUAAGGCAGCUUCUGUGUCCAAAUCUAUCCUCUGUGCCAUUUAAAGAGAUUAUUGAUUUACAGGUGGCAUGAAUAAUUAAUGUGCAAUAAUUAUUGACAGACUUUGUAAGCUACUCCCGACUGAGAUUUAUCCAGAAAUUAUAUGUCACCGAGAGAUUUUAACAAGGUUCAAACUGACCCUCGGAAAUGUUAACUGUGUCCCGACAGACAAACAGAAUGUCACCAGUUUUCAUUUGAGCAGAGCGGAAUUAAAAAUCAAAGAAUUACGUUUAUUUUUCAGACUUGUCUAUUUUAUAGUUCAUGAAAUCAGAGAUUUAACAUAAAGUUUUAUUGUUCCUUUUAAAUAUUAUAUGUUCUUUCUAAGACGUGCAGAUUAUUAUUAUUAUUAUUUAAAAAUCUAUUCAUUGUAUUAACAGCUGAAUACUAGCACAUGUAGAUCUGUUCCCUGCGUUUCUGUUCAGACAAUCAUUUUUGAGAAGUUAUGAGACUGAGUGGAAUGUUUCGCCUUCUUUUUUCCUCCGUACCUGUAAGGGAAAUCUGUUUUUAAGCUAAAGUGGUUAUCCUCCACGUUUACUUUUCUUUCCAUCUUCGGUGCUAAGCGCUCCUUGUUGUGUUUGUUUUGCACUUCACUUCCCGGAGAUCACUUCUUUGUGUCUCUGAUACCUUCUUGUUUUUUCUGACUUUUUUCAUUUUUUGUAGGUGGUGCUCUUUUCUUCGUUUAUUCAACCGUUCAGGCUUUACCUCUUUUUCUGCUUCUACUUGGCAUAAACAAAUCCCAGUGCUAUUAAAUCAAGGCUAGGACACGGUACAUGAUACAGGGAGUAUGACACAUGCCAGCCUCGUCUCAUGGAAAUACAUGAAAGGAACACAAAGUUCUAACAACGCAUUACAUGGUGGCGGGCACAACAUUCUAAAAUGAUGUGCUGGUAACAAGAAAACAAUGUUAACACAAAGUCAGUGAGGAUCUUUUCUUGUGGUAGAUACACAAAUUUAAGCCCCCCUUUGCUAAAUAAAAGUGUUUCUUUUGUAUAUGUCCCCUAAAAUGUCUGACCUUGACUAUACUGAGCUGUAUCAGUGCAAAGUUUGUCACUAGAGAGGUGUUUUCACAUUCCUCUACUGAAGGAGGCGAUGUCUGUGUGCUUCCCUAAAAUCUGCUGGGCAAGCUAAAUUAGCUACGUCAUGAAUAUGAAAGCCUUUCUAAGCCGGUCUAAUACAGGAAACACAUAUCGACAGGGAACAGACUUUGACACAACAACAGCAACAAAACCUAAAAAACUUCCAGCUGUCAGCAGACUCAUCAGUACAGGGUCCGGAUUUAACGUUAGCAUAGCUAAAGUUUUGACAGCAAACAUGUUUGAAUGAGCGGUUUUUGGAUGUAAACUGAGUCCUGGAGUUUCCUUUCACUGUCAACCAAUAAACCCUACUGCAGCAGAUGGUAUUGUAUGUUUCAUAAACACUAAUGCUCAGUCAGCCACCUCCAGUUAGCCUACAAGCUAACAAGCUAAGAAACAACAGAAAUAAGAUGCUAACUACACGUAGCAUCCUGAUACAUCUGCUAGUCACUAACUUUGGUGCACAACAGACUCCUCGUCUGAGUCUGAGUCUGACUGAGGCUCAAACAUUUAGGGCUAAAUCUCUCCAAUGUUUCCUGUAACGCUAAUAGUAGCCAUUUUGAUGCACAACAAUUCUCACUGAGGGAGAAAGAGCAGAUCUGCUUCAGGCCCCUUUACAGAGUGUUUUUUUUUUAACUAUUAUGUGGGCAAACCACGUGAAGUAAAAUAUUAGUUUCAGUAUUUUAAAAUGUGUCUGAAGAGGGAAUUUAAGUAUAAAGAAUGAGAAAGUCACAUAGGGCAGCUGGGAGGGGUAUUGGAUGUGUCACAGAAACAGACUUUCAACCAGGAGACUGCUGUUUGUGUCUAAUGUUACACCAAAAGUCAACAUAAGUACGUGACUUUACGGACUUUACGUCACUACAUAAAGUAUGAAAGUUUAUGUCACUUAAUUCAGUGCAUAGAUAUUUUAACCAAAACCACGAUCAUUUCCUUAACGCAUUUGUUUGUUCUCUAAACAAAACCAGGUGUUUUCUCUCCCUAACCUAACUAAGAUAGUUCUUAAUAGACUUUGCAUUGGCAUUGUUUUCACGCAGCACAUCUCAUGCCCACCACCACUUAAUACCUUGUUAAGAGGUUGUGUCCAUUUCACAAUGUCUGUGAGACUGUGUUGCACAUGCACAGUCUAACUGCAGCAGAGAUGUUGGAGGGUUCUAGCAGAAAUAAAGGGAUGGUGCUGUUCAGGCGCUCUUUGGGUGCGCUCAGUCUGACAGAACUUUUUUCGAAUGGAUGGCGGCCAAUAUAAAAAGCAAAAGUUUUCAAAUAGAAACCUACAAUAAGGCUAUUGUUCCUAUGAGGACGAAAAAUAGGGGAUUGCCCAUUGUUCUGACAGCCCAAAAGACCGAAGCCCCAUCAGUCUAAACCAUGUCCAUUUAGACAGCUUAUUUUUCCAACAGCCCAUUAUCCCAAAAACAAACGCACAUUUGCAGUGUAUACAUCUGGAAACCAUAAAUGCAUUAUAUUUGUAGUUAGGUUUAGGUACAAAAAUGCUUAGUUAUGGUUAUGUUUUGGCUCAAACAUCCAAGUUUGGAGGCACCAGGGACAGGUCGGUGAGAAACACCCAGAUUUGGUGGCUCAAAUUCAGCUGGGAAACUCUACGCAGGGUCAGUAGAAACACCUGGGAUUGGUGUAUUUUUGGAGAAACUGGACUAUGGGACAAAUGCAAUGGGCCUUUGUUGUUGGAAUAACACACUAUUGUAGAAAUGGGCUUUCAGUCCAAUGGGACAUUUCUUGGACUAAUGGGGUUUUGAAAUUUUGGGCCGUUGGAAAAAUGGCAUGACACCAGAUAAAAAGACUUGAGUUUUAUUGCGAAUUGACAUUAAAUUUAAGGGUGUCUCACACCAAGUAAGUCCACUCAUGACUUGCAGAUUAAUUUAAUGACAUGGUCUGCUUUCCUCAUACCUUUAUUUUUUGUAUAAAAUAUAUCCUCCUGAGGCCCAGACUUUUCUUUGAUUUGCAUUUUAAGUCCCAAUAAAUAAACAAGUUUCAACCAUAAAAUGUGAUCAGGUUCUGGACUUUGUCCACUUCUGUGUCGGGAUCGGCUGCAAACUGACUUGGCAGAGAUGGCUGCCAUCUUGUUUUUACAUGGAUUAGUGUAUUGUGCUCUUACUGCCACUAGAUGGCACAAAAAAGUGUCCACAAAAGAGGACAACAGGUCUAAGAUAAGUAGAAUGAAGUAUAAGGUCAAGUAAAUCCAAAAUGUGAUGUCCUCAUAUGAGGGUCUCAGGAGGAUAUUCUGACCCAAGGCCGGCAGCGGAUGCCUCAAUGAAACAAAUGAAUUGUCCCCAUGUUCUGUGAUCGUGCACCAGCUAUUGAGCGUCUCAGCAAGUACAGACCAGAUUUUACUGCGCAUGUGUUAUACCCCAAUAAUAUGACGCGAUAUGAUAUUGUUCCUCUUAGCCAGCUGCAUAAAUCCAAAACAUAACAUUACUUCCUAUAUGCCGGAGGAUUUUUAUUCCCCAGCUGUGUGUUAAGAACAGAGAAUGAUAAGCUGUCAUGAAGUUAUUAAGUUUUCAUGAAAAUGUUGCCGAUUAUUCCUUUAUGGAUUUACAGAAAAUGAUCAUCUCCAUCUUUAAUCCCGUCUGAUCUACAUCACAUCUAAUUGCACAAGUCCAGCAGAAUGAAAUCCAUGUGUCACGCUGCCAGAUAUUCCCAUUUCAUAAACAACCUGUGAGCACUGAGGUCACCUAAUGCCAGAUCUUUUGCAUUAGGUGACCUCUGGGCUCAGGGCUCAAAGGAUAUUCACUCACUCAUCAAGCAGAACAUCUCAAUACAACAGAUCCCUUUUUGUAUCUUUAAAUCACAGGUACUCUUUCUUAAUUGACUUACAUUUUUGAAGCUGAUGGUCCUGUACUUACCGUAAAGAUAAAAAAAGACAACAAACUGUUGAUAUGCAAUUGUUAUACAUACUAUAUUUGUAUAAAUAAAUCUAUGUGCUUGUGUACAGUGAA